CUGAAUUUCGCGGGAUCGAGUUUGGCGCUAAAAAGACUCUUCUUCUGUUGUAUGGAGAGUGCUGCUCUGCGCUGUACGGACAGUUGGCUUGGAUUGGUUCCGAUUCCGUUUCAGAGGCAGACUCGCUAACCUGGAUCCGAACUCAUAGAACCCUGACAACAUUUGUUUCCCUUUUUACUGUUGGAUAUUUAAAUGUGUUUGUUUAUUUAGGGAGCCGCUUUUAGUGACUGGUAAGGGAAGGUUUCUUUAAACUAUUCUGCAGAACAAAGGAUCAUAACAUUGAGUGUAAUAUAAAUAUCCUAAUAAUAUAAAAAAGCACGCUUAUUCUGCAUGUUUACUUUUCAUAUUGAUCAUAUUGCAGGUUAAUUGCAUUGUUGUUCUGCAUUUCAUUUCUGUGCUCGGCUCACGACAAGCUUCUCCCUCCGCUGCACCAAUCCGGUUAAAUUUAGUUUACUCAGGAAAAUGAUGCGGAUGCCCAGAGGCGUCUCUCCCGCACCGGCCCGGCCGUCCGCGGGGCUCCCCUGCGCCCAGCAGAAGAUGAAGGUUUUGUCCGGCGGCGGAGGGAAGACCGAGCUGUUCUGCAGCGGACUGUCCAGCCCGCCGAUGAGCUCGGUACCGGUCGGAUACUUCACCCAGAUCGGCAACACGACAGCGGCCGAACAAAGAGCCAACAGUCUGUACUCGACCCCCCACGGACCGGACGCGAAGCCCAUCAGAUCAUCCUCCGGGCGCCUGCCGGCGAAAAGGAAGCUGGACCUGGAGGACCCUCUUUACCUGCCAGAGUUUCGCACACCUAAAAGGAAGUGCAGCGUCGCAGCAGGACUACCAAGCCCACGAACGCCAAAGUCUCCAGGCGAGCGGACGCGGUACGACACUUCGUUGGGCCUGCUGACAAAGAAGUUUGUGGGACUGAUCGCAGAAUCUGCUGAUGGAGUUCUGGACCUUAACUGGGCCACUGAAGUUCUGGAGGUCCAGAAGAGGCGGAUUUAUGACAUCACCAACGUCCUGGAAGGUGUGCAGCUCAUCCGAAAGAAGUCCAAAAACAACAUCCAGUGGCUAUGGGGAAAUGUUUUUGAAGGCGGUGUUGCUGGAGGAGAAAAGGCCUUUGCUCUGAGGAGAGAGCUGGGGGACCUGGAGAGAGCGGAGCGAUCUCUGGAUGACCUGAUUCAGUCCAGCACCACUCAGCUCAAACAGGUCACAGAGUUCAAAGACAGCCAAAGUCUGGGAUACGUGACGUACCAGGACAUCCGCUCCAUCGACAGCCUCCGAGAUCAGACGGUGAUCGCAGUCAAAGCUCCGGCUGAGACCAAGUUGGAGGUGCCAGACACUGCAGGGCAGGGCUCAUUACAGAUCUAUUUAAAGAGUAGGAAUGGGCCUAUAGAGGUGUACCUGUGUCCUGAGGAAGGGCUUGAAGAUGCCAGCCCUGUUAAGAGCACAGUCACCCCUAAAAAGGAAGACCUGAAGAAACCGGUGACGACCACCGGAGCGCCACAGACCCAGGCUGUCAAAGACGAGCCUGUUGAAGUGAGCUUAUCCACUUCAUCUCCAGCUUCAGUUUCAGCCCCCUCCUCAGCCGCUACCUCUGCUCCCUCUCUUCUCGACGUGGAGGGGCUACUGGGUUUGCCUCCCAGUCUGCUCCAGAUCACAGAGGACCAGCUGCCCGGCGCCUCCUUCACUACAGAUCCCAGCACUCCCUUCGUCAGCUUCUCUCCACCUUUAGACCACAGCGACUACCUCUGGAGCCUGGAGGAUAGUGAAGGGGUGUCGGAUUUCUUUGACCCCUAUGAUCUUGGAGAUUUACUGAAGAGCUGAGGGAGAUGGGGCAAUGAUUUAA